AUGCUAAGCUUUCCAGACCGACAACGAAAAUUUGAGCAGUUGCGUGCUCACUGGGAGGCUGCUGAGACCGGCGAGGGCAUAAAGAUGGUGGGAAGAAGGGAGAAGCAAGCCCCUCACCAUGUCGUCCAUGAGGACCUCCAAAACAAUGCGGGGAGCAAGUUCCGCAGAAAACUCAGCCAUGGCCUUGCACUCAUCUCACUCACGCAACGGAAGAGUGUGCCUGGUCGCCAGCUUUCGAGCAACGCGUCACUGGCUGUGAGCGCACCUAGUACUAACGACAGCUCCACUGCGAUCCUGGAGCACGACGCUUUGCUUUCACCUCAGGCCGACACCGCGUCAGUGAGUACCUCUGGUGAUCCACCUACUCCAUUGCAGGACGGCGCACGAGCAAGUGAAGAUCUCCAGACACCCAGACAGUUGCCUCGAUCGCGCACCUUUAGCUACAUACCACGCCCUGUUAAACUCGACGCCGACGCACAACCUGUAGUCGAACUCGACGAAUCCAACGAUGCAUCAUUAGACACGGUCAUGACAGAUUCGAAGCCUCUUCCGCCGUCCAGGAUACCCACCCCAAGCCCACCACAGUCGAAGCGUCGAGGCUCUAGUCCACGUCAAUACCUGCCUUCCAAUUCAUCACUGCAAGCAAGUAUCGCAACAAAUCGUCAGUCGUUCAUGGGCAUUGGAAAUGGCUCUCCGGCCAAGGCUACGGUACGCUCACGUACGACUCCGAACCUGGUGAAAGCGACCAACACGUCCCAGCCAGCGAGCUACAUGGCACCGAGAAGACCAGGACUUAAGAGGCCUUUCGCUUCUUCUACACUCCAAAAGCCUGUACUGGCAGAGAACGUACCAAUGAACAAACGCGUAGCCCAACGGCGGUCUCAGAUUCAGGAUAAAGCGGUCAAGCGAGAGAGUUUGGCAGUACCUUCUGCAGCAUUCAACAGAAGGUCGUUUGGACCAGGCGCUCCGCUUGCCCAGAACAAACGUGCAAGCUUUGCAACGCCUUCUGCCAGCGCCAAACGCCUGAGUUCGCACCUCAUGCGAACACCGGUUACCGCCAGGGGUGUCUCACCAAAAGUGCAAGAGGGAUUUCAUGAACCAGAUGCCCCUCGCUCUUCGGAAGAGGCACCUGUGAUCCAGUCCCAAUCCAAGGACUCAGAAAGCUCUCCAACGCCGACUCUUUCAACUGUUGAUCUCAUAGAUCCGCCUCUUGCACCACCGCCACGACUGGAUGUCGAUAAUGAUACACAAAGAAGGACACUCGGGACGCCAAACGGACUGGGUGGCGUUUGGAGGUCUUCCAAGGUCUUUGCAGCUGCAAACUAUCAGGUGAGAAGAUUCCCACGUUCCUCCACCUUCCACCAUUUUGGAAGACGUUCGGAAGCCCCUCCUCCAGUACCUCCCAUCCCACAUCAGUAUAAGCCGCCAUCAUCAUCCAACCUCAUCCACUCUAGGUCUACGGAGGCCGCCUCGGUGAAGUCUAUGUCAACCUUCGCAUCGGUAACUGCAUCUGAAGUUGCAGAGAAUGCAGAUGAGAAGAAUUGUACCGGUACAGCAGGAGCAACCUCAGUACCCAAGGCUCGUGAUGAUGCUCCUCGACCGAAAGCAGUAUCGACGUCUUCCAGCAACCUAACAGCCCUGCCUCCGGUUCUGGAAAAGCUCAAUCCCAAGCGUACCAGAAGAUCAAUAUCAGUAACACGUUCAGUGAAGCCUACUGGAGAUCUGCACAGCCAACGACACUGGUCUCUCACUGAGCGUUUCUACCCAGACAGUGCUGACAAUCUCACUCGUGUACAGGUCAAAGACUACAUGCCACCGUUAUACUGGGCCGGACGGUUCCAGUCUCGAUUCGAUCAGUGGCGCACAGAAGCCAUGGUAGCGGUGCUGAACACCGAAGUCAAGCCUGAAGACGAAGGACCAUUGGGGCAGUGCGGCCUGGACGACGAGAGGAAAGCCACCAUCUUGAUCUUCAUGCAACUUAGGGAUCUCUGCGCUUCUACACAAGCCGCAGACAGCCUUCACGAGUUCGAGUACAGAUACCGAAAAGAUCACAAGAUGCUCGACACCAAACACGAUCUCCCACCAUCACUACGUAAGCCCGAGGAAUCGACUCCCAAAGGACCCAUUGGCCGCGCUGUACGCAAACUGACGCCUCGAAAGGCUAGCUUUGCCAACUUGUUCAAAGGCAAAGGCUGGAACAGGAACGAUGACACAAAGCCAGUGGAUGUGCCUGGACACGUCCGCGAGCUCCAGGAGAUAACGGAUCUAUCUAGUGGCCUCGAGGCUACAGACUCGGACAGCUUUGAGUCUGGCUCUCGGCAGCACGCUCGCUGAGACCGCCGAUGAUCUGGAUAAUGAUGCGGGACAUGGUCGGUACACAGACAUGAUGAGCAUGUUGCCCCAUUAGGGCCAAUGUGUGCUCAGAUGAGAA